AUGCCUGCGGAGCUGGGCGGCUGACCACUAUGGCAGGAGCGGGCCCCGGGACCGAAUCUCAGCGGCCGCCGCUUGAGCGCUGCCUGCGCCAUGGCCACCUCCGCCGCUUCUUCUGAGCAUUUCGAGAAACUGCACGAGAUCUUCCGCGGACUCCAUGAAGACCUACGAGGGGUGCCAGAGCAGCUCCUAGGGACUGGAGGGACAGAGGAGAAGAAGAAAUUGAUCAGAGAUUUCGAUGAAAAGCAACAGGAAGCCAAUGAGACGCUGGCAGAGAUGGAAGAGGAACUGCGAUAUGCACCCCUGUCUUUCCGUAACCCUAUGAUGUCUAAGCUUCGAACCUACAGGAGGGACCUUGCCAAACUCCACUGGGAAGUGAGAAGCACCCCUCUGACAGCCACGCCUGGGGGCCGAGGAGACAUGAAGUACGGCACGUACGCUGUAGAGAAUGAGCACGUGAAUCAGCUGCAGUCUCAAUGGGUGUUGCUUUUGCAAGGCACUGAGAGCCUGAACCGGGCCACCCAGAGUAUUGAGCGUUCUCAUCGAAUUGCAGAGACUUACCAGAUUGGCUCAGAAAUUAUAGAAGAGCUGGGGGAGCAACGGGAGCAGUUGGAACGCACCAAGAACAGACUGGUAAACACAAGUGAAAACCUGAGCAAAAGUCGAAAGAUUCUCCGGUCAAUGUCCAGAAAAGUGACAACCAACAAGCUACUACUUUCCAUUGUCAUCUUACUGGAGCUGGCCAUCCUGGGAGGCUUGGUUUAUUACAAAUUCUUUCGGAAGCAUUGAACUUCCUGCAAGGAAGGCUUUGUGGACCAGAACUUUGAGCUUGUGAAUGAACGGUGGUAAAGAUGUGGAGUAAGCAUAUUGCUGCUGUGAGCUAACGGUUCAAGGACGCACUGUGUAGCCAGACUGUGGGACCAGGGAGGGAAGACGGACAACCAGUUAAAUGUGAAGGAACUGCAACGAGACCA